AUGUCCCGUAUUAUUGUAAAAGGUUUGCCAGUUUAUCUGACUGAUGAUAAACUGAAAGAACAUUUCACUAAAAGAUUGAUUAAAAAGCAUGGUAACACCACUCAUUCUAAUGAUCUUAUAACAGAUGUUAAGAUUCUUAAAGAUAAAAACGGCCAAAGUAGAAGGUUUGCCUUUAUUGGUUUUAGAAAUGAAGAUGAUGCUUUGGAUUGUAUUAAAUAUUUUAAUGGUUCUUUUGUAGAUACAGCAAAAAUUGAGGUAUCAAUGGCUAAAAGUUUUGCUGAUCCAACAGUACCACAGUCAAUGAAAGAGAAGAGAAGAGAAGCAUACAAGAGGUUAAGAGAAAGAGAAGAAAAAUUAUUGGAAGAGAAAAGCAAGAAACCAAAGCCACAACAAAAUAAUCAAAAAUCAUCUAUUGAUGCAGAAAUCGAAAAAGAUAAACAGUUAAAGGAGUUUAUUCAAACAAUGAAUCCAACUGCAAAUACACCUUCCUGGGAAAAUGUUUCAACUUCCAACCCAUUGAUCAACGAAGUAGAAGAAAAUGAAAGUGAAUCAGAAAAUCCAUUAUUGGCACAGGCUCUUGCAUUAAAAGAUACAGAAGUUGUCAAGGAUCAAGAAAGUGAUGAUGAAUAUGUUGACUUCAAGACAACUGCAGACACCGAAGGUCAGGAUGAAGAGGCUAAAGAAGAAGAAAUGAUGUCUUUGGAUAAUUUCGCUGAUAAUGUAAAUGAAGAUGAUGCUGAUAACAUUGCCCAAGAUGAUAAAGUAUCAGAUUUAGACUGGUUCAAACAACGUCGUGUUAGAAUUAGAGAAGGUGAAAAUGUGCCAGUGAAACAAUCUCAAAGCAAAUCUGCAGAUGCUGAAGAACUUAACCAAGAAGAACUUAACCAAGAAGAAGCAAAUGAAGAUGAAAACGAAGUCGAACCAGAUACAACGGAAGAAGAAAAAAUUAUCCAGAAGAUUACUAAAACUGGUCGUCUGUUCCUUCGUAACAUAUUGUAUAAUUCCACUGAACAAGAUUUUGAAAGAUUAUUUAGUCCAUUUGGUGAAUUGGAAGAAGUUCAUAUUGCUAUAGAUACAAGAACAGGUCAAUCAAAAGGUUUUGCAUACAUUCUUUUCAAAGAUCCUAAAGAUGCUGUACAAGCUUACAUAGAGUUGGAUAAACAAAUUUUCCAAGGUAGAUUAUUACAUAUUUUAGCUGCUGAUGCUAAAAAAUCUCAUCGUUUGGAUGAAUUUGAUUUAAAGAAUAUGCCAUUGAAGAAGCAAAAAGAAUUGAAGAGAAAAGAUACUGCUUCAAGACAGACAUUUUCAUGGAAUUCCUUAUACAUGAAUCAAGAUGCAGUUUUAAGCAGUGUAGCAAAUAAAUUGGGAAUAGAGAAAUCUCAGUUGAUAGAUGCAGAAAAUUCAAAUUCUGCAGUCAAACAAGCAUUGGCCGAAGCACAUGUUAUUGGCGAUGUCAGAAAGUACUUUGAAGUUAGAGGUGUCGAUCUAGCUAAAUUUGCAGAAAUGAGAUCUACUGAGAAAAAAGAUGACACUGUCAUUUUAGUUAAAAACUUCCCAUUUGGUACAACGAGAGAAGAGCUUGGUGAAUUGUUUCUACCAUUUGGUAAAUUAGAAAGAUUAUUAAUGCCACCUGCUGGUACUAUCGCUAUCGUCCAAUAUAGAGAUGUUCCUUCUGCUAAGAAAGCCUUCAUGAAGUUAGCAUAUAAAAGAUUCAAAGAUACUAUUAUUUACCUAGAAAAAGGGCCAAAGAAUUGUUUCACUAGGGAAGCACAGGAUAGUGACACUCUUGUUAACGAUGAUUUACCAGCUGAAGAGAUUAAAGAAGCUAAACCAUCAGUCAGUGAUAUAAUGGAAACUACUGAAAGCUCAAACAAUGCGGAUGACACUGCGGAUGAUAUCCAUGAUGGUCCUACAGUUUCUAUCUUUAUCAAGAAUUUAAAUUUCACGACUACUACACAGCAACUAACUCAAAGAUUCAAUGCUUUUAAUGGUUUUGUUGUCGCACAAGUUAGAACAAAACCAGAUCCAAAACACCAGGGUAAAACUCAAUCGAUGGGUUUUGGUUUUGCAGAAUUUAGGACAAAAGAGCAAGCAUUGGCAGUUAUCUCUGCUGUAGAUGGUACGGUAAUUGAUGGCCAUAAAGUUCAAUUAAAACUGUCCCACAGACAAGGUGGCAGUACUGGAACAUCCAAAAGCAAGGGUAAACAAUCUGGUAAGAUCAUUGUCAAGAACUUGCCAUUUGAAGCUACCAGAAAAGAUAUAUUUGAUCUAUUCAGUUCUUUUGGUCAAUUAAAAUCGGUUAGAGUUCCAAAGAAGUUCGAUAAAUCAGCUAGAGGUUUUGCCUUCAUUGAAUUUUUAUUACCAAAAGAAGCAGAAAAUGCAAUGGAUCAAUUACAAGGUGUGCAUUUAUUGGGUCGUAGGUUGGUUAUGCAAUAUGCUCAAGAAGAAGCAGUUAACGCCGAAGAAGAAAUUUCAAGAAUGACUCAGAAAGCUAGAAAACAAAUGGCAACAAGAGAAUAUGGUGCAUUGAAAAAGGCUGGCGGUAGAAGAAAAUUGGAUUUGGAUGAAGGCGAUGGUCUUGAUAGCAUGUAA